GCUGAGCUGAGCUGGGGGGUCGCGGCUGGUUGCCGCCGCCGCCGCCGCCAUGGGGAAGUCGGAUUUCCUGAGCCCCAAGGCCAUCGCCAACCGCAUCAAGUCCAAGGGGCUGCAGAAGCUGCGCUGGUACUGCCAGAUGUGCCAGAAGCAGUGCCGGGAUGAGAAUGGCUUCAAAUGUCAUUGUAUGUCUGAAUCCCACCAGAGACAGCUGCUACUUGCUUCUGAAGAUCCUCAGCAAUUCAUGGAUUAUUUUUCAGAGGAAUUCCGAAAUGAUUUCUUAGAACUGCUCAGGAGACGAUUUGGAACUAAGAGAGUCCACAAUAAUAUUGUAUACAAUGAAUAUAUCAGCCAUCGAGAGCACAUCCACAUGAAUGCCACGCAAUGGGAAACCCUAACUGACUUUACUAAAUGGUUAGGGAGAGAAGGCUUCUGCAAAGUGGAUGAGACUCCUAAAGGCUGGUAUAUCCAGUAUAUUGAUCGGGACCCAGAAACUAUCCGUAGACAACAGGAACAAGAGAAGAAGAAGAAACAGGACCUUGAUGAUGAAGAAAAAACUGCCAAAUUCAUUGAAGAGCAAGUUAGGAGAGGCUUGGAGGGGAAAGAACAGGAAAGGCCUGUCUAUACUGAACUAAACCGAGAAAAUGAUGAAGAGAAAGUUGCAUUUAAUUUAAACAAAGGAGCAAGUACCUCAGUAGCAGCGUCUUCUAAAACAAGCAGUGUCCUUGGACCGAGUGCAUUGAAGAUGGUGGGAGGAGCAGGAUCAGUUAAACGGAAAGAAUCUGCUCACAGCUCAGGUCAAUCAAAAGAGAAAAAGAAGAAAUCUGCACUGGAUGAGAUCAUGGAGUUUGAAGAAGAAAAGAAAAAAACAGCCCGAACAGACUACUGGUUGCAGCCUGAAAUUGUUGUAAAAAUUGUAACAAAAAAGCUUGGUGAGAAGUAUCAUAAGAAGAAAGCAGUUGUUAAGGAGGUAAUUGACAAAUACACAGCAGUUGUAAAGAUGAUUGAUUCUGGAGACAAACUGAAACUUGACCAGACACAUCUAGAGACCGUAAUACCGGCACCAGGAAAGAAAGUUCUGGUUUUAAAUGGAGGUUACCGAGGAAAUGAAGGCAUCUUGGAAUCUAUAAACGAGAAGAACUUCUCAGCAGCAAUAAUCAUUGAAUCUGGGCCUUUAAAAGGACGGAGAAUUGAAGGCAUCCAAUAUGAAGACAUUUCCAAACUCCUUUGAGACUCAAAGCAAUGGGUCAAAGCUGCCUCUUGGAAACAUCAAAUUGGUGUCCUCUAUGCAGACACACGAGACUCUACUAUGUCAGGGUUUUUAAUUUGUGUAUAUAGAAAAAACAACUUCGAUUUAUAUAAAGACCACUAUAAAUCUGUUAACAUUUGUGAGAAUCUUGUCUAAACUGAUUCUGUAUCAAAGUUGUAUUGUGUUGUAAUAUUUUAAUUUGUUUUCCUUUUCUAAGAUUAGGUGAUACCUGUGUGCUGGAAUAUUUUACUUACUGAACUAUGUUAAAUGUUUUAUAAAAUAUCACCAGCUAGAAAGGGCCACUUGAGGCAGAUACUGUAUGUAACGUCGUCUAUAGUUUGCAUAACACACUUCUGGAUCUGCUGCCAAAACAAAAUUCUGGCUUUCGAACAAGCAAAGAGAUUAAAAGAAAAGCAGGAAGGCAGCAGUGCUGUGGGGGAUUAUUUUUCUGGGUUUUGAUGAUGUACAUAAGAAUGGUUUGGUUUAUUAGUUUUAAAGUGAGUGCAAUAAAUUACAGCAGAACCUGCUUAAUCAGUACUCUGCUAAACCACACACCCAGUCAGGACCUGAUCCCGGCAUCCUCUGUGUUCCCAUUACCGAUCACGGCUGGACUUGCCUCUGUAGCGACUCCAAGACUUGGCAUGAUUUAUGGGGCAGUGCACUUCUAUGAAUCUGAACAGUAAAGAAAUGGCACACCUAGUUGUCGGCUCAGUUAAUAGAGAUGAAGUGAUGGUUGUGCUGGCAUAGAUUCCCCAGGGCCUAGUCCUUUGUUCACUUUAAUGCUGCUUUCCUGCUCUAUUGUGGAUCCUAAAUGAGUCACUUUUCUUUGAAUAGUUUUUAAAACGUGUAACAGUUUGUACAACACUUAUUUUUAAAGCAAUUUGUGGAAUAAAAGCCCAUCUCUCUCAGUACAAUGUAUCCCUUAAAAGCCUCUGGAUAAUCAGGAUUGUUGUCAACUGGUGCUCCCUAGUGGAAUCAAGCCAAGAGUCCAGAUGCAUGUCUUGCUUUAUUUGUUGAAAUAACUCAAAUGCAAAAACCACCACGGGAAGAGGAUGAAACAUUACAUUUGGGCUGAUAUGCCUCUGAUUAAAUCUCAUGUGUUCUUGGAACAUGAUAUAGAAAUUAUCUUGACCCCAGCUAAAAUAAUUAUGGAGAGCAAAUCCCACGAUUGGACACAAUUGGGUUUUUAGAUGCACUUGAGUCAGUGCUGAUCUUCUCUUAGUAGUAGUUCUUCUGUAACACUUAAUCAAGACAGAGGCUCUGUUGUGCCAGGUGCUGUACAGACCUAGGAAGACGCAGCCCCUAACUGGAAGUUUAAAAUCAACUGAAGACAAGAAGGGAGGGAGACAAGCAAUAGGGGGUGAACGGGGAGGGUGGACGAGGGUAACUGGUAAUAGUUACAUGGCUUUGUUUUGUCAUAACUUGAUGGAGCUGAAUCAUUGAAGUGACUGGGGAUACCAGAGGGAGAGAUGUAAGAGGUGGUGGACAGGAGGGAGGGAGGCAUUUACAUGAGUCUGGCUCAGGCUGGAGGGGAGGUUUUGGGGGCGGGGAGAGGCUGGGUAAUUAGGUGAGAGGAUGGAGGUGAAGAGGUGGCUGGUCAGAAGGAUGGGGAUGCAGUGGGGGGAUAAUAGGAAGUAGAGCAGCAAUCUUUCCUAACGAUCUAGACAGGAAAAUGAGGGGAGCUGGUGCCCAGAGCACAUCUCAUUCGGUUGGAGAGGGAUGGGGUAGUACCGGAUUCUUCUUGGCUUGUGCUGGAGCUGCUGCUGGUAGCAUAUUCUGGGGGGUUAGAGGCUGCCAGGGCUCUCCUCUGAGAGUUAGUUUUUAGCGGAGAACAUUGGGGACAGUGUUCAGGGAGGGUUGGGGUAGGUUGGCUGGAGAAUCCAGUGUUAGUCUCUAACCUUCUGCUCUUUCUUGCCUCAGUAGUUUUAGGCUGAGCGAGUUUCCUUGAAAAGAUCUGACUGUGGUGUUCUUGAUUAACAAGCAAAUCUCCUUCCUCCUCUAGUCUAAUGGUUAGACAGUGCAGGACGCUGUGCUGAUCUGAGCAAGCUGAAAGUUCAGGUCACCAUGUUAGUAAUAAGCGGCGCACUCACUGUCUUGCAUGCUGUUGAAUUUGUGGUCUCAAGGGGACCCCUGCCGGUGAAAUAGUAGAUUGCAGGAUUUUUCAUACAUCCACUGCAAUGACUGGUUUCUGAAAGAGCCAUUUUAUCUGCGAUUGAAAUGCUCCUUUUGACUCCAGGAAUAGAGGUGAUGCACUGCAGAGCAGUAACCAAAAGUGGCUUUAAAAACAAUCUGUUGCAGCUGAGUUUGUUUAAAGAAAGUUUUACAUAAAACGAUACUUCCCACUUGUUCAAAACUCUUUAUUCCUCCCAGCAUGGCGGAGAGCUAGACAGGUGGUGGCGUCCAUGUUUUAGAGACAGAGGAAGCUAAAGUACAGAAAGAAAAAUGACUUGCUCAAGGCCACAUGCUAGAGUGGAGUAAAGCAAGGAAGAAUUUCAAGAGAACCUGGCCAAGACUGGGCAGAGGUGGAGGGAAGAAUUAUGUGAACUGAUUUCAAAAGCACUGAGCUAUCUCAUUAACCUCCAUGGAAGCUAGUGGAGGCUCAACACUUUUGUCGAUCAGCUUAGCUAUUUAGGUGCUUAAAUACCAAUUCAGGAACCUAACUUUGGGUACCCAUUUAAAAAAAAUCUUGGGUUCCCUACCCUCAUUCCUCGAGCCCAAAUGGUCCACUCCUCCGUUUUGAAGCUGAACUCACACAUUUACUGAAUAACAUACAUAUUUAAGAGGAUUUUCAAAGCUGGCUUUUGAAACACUUGAUGCUGUUACAGUAUUUCCAUUUACUAAAUUGUGGCAUUUCUCUUGUGUUGGGAAUGCCCCUUGAUUCCUUCCGGAAGGAAGUCCAGUUUAUAUUUCUGUGCAACACGACAGACAUCUUCACUGUGAAUUUUAAUUGGUUAAUAUUGCAGAGCAUGUGUGAAUGUAGGUUUGUUUCUGUAGUUCCUCUAUUUUGUAUGUAUUAAAUAAAAUUGGUAUUGCCUACGCUGACUUGUA